GACUGAAAUAUGAUUACGUCAAGGACGUGGAGUAUUUAUACAAAUCGUUUGACAUGUUGGCUGACGUCAAGGAUAUCGAAUAUUUACACAAUGAGUUUGCCAUACCCAAAGGCCGCCCGAGAGGCGUGAUGGGAAAUGUAGUUAAAUCAGAUGAACAUUGUUAUGAAAGCUCUCCUCGACGUGUUCACGUAAGUGGUUGUGUAAAGAGAAGGUUGCCUGUGGGGCUGUUUUAUGUUUUUUCUUACGUCUGAAUUAGCUUUCAUGACGGACUGCAGCCGAAGCAGUGCAUCGUGAAGGCUUCCACCGUGAAUGCUGCUCGGUGUGUGGAAAAGUUACAGAUUUAUUCUCGCCUUUUUCAGGGUCUGCAUACAGUUUUCUCUGUUCCUUUCCUGAAGAUCAGCUCUAUUCGCUGCACGGAGCACCUUGCUGAGGCUCGCCCAACUCCAGAGUCAGGUUCGCAAACCGAUACUCUUCUUCGUCUCCACCAGCUCUUCGUUCGGCGGAGCCACCAUGUCUGAGAAAAAACGCAAAACGUCGUCUGCCGCAGAGGGUAAGGAGCCUAGCGUCAAGCAGCCGAGGCUGGAGAAGGAGAAGAAAGCUGCGGGCUGGUUGCAGAACCUGGUGAAGCAGCAGAGGGAGGACAAGAAGGACACGAAGUUCAACAAGAAGCGCCAGCGGUUUCUCACCGACACUGAGAAGAUCAGACAGGGCUCAGAGGGGAUUCUGUACUGGAUGCUGAGAGAUCAGAGGGUGCAAGAUAACUGGGCCCUGAUCCGUGCCCAGCAGCUGGCUGCAAAGGAGGAGCUUCCCCUGCAUGUGUGUUUCUGUCUGGUGGUCCCUAAAUCCGAGGUAUCCACACUGAGACAUUACGCCUUCCUGCUGAAGGGACUGGAAGAAGUCGCAAAGGACUGCAAACGGCUCAACAUCCAGUUUCACCUGCUGCAUGGGGCUCCAGGAGAGGUGCUCCCUGGCUUUGUGUCUGAUCAGGGUUUUGGGGCCAUGGUGACAGACUUCUCUCCGCUCAGAGAGCCUCAGCAGUGGCUGAACGAUGUCAAAAAGAAGCUGUCAGAGGACAUCCCCCUCAUACAGGUCGAUGCUCAUAAUAUUGUUCCCUGCUGGGUAGCAUCACCUAAGCUGGAGUACUCUGCCAGGACCAUCAGAGGAAAAAUUACCAACCUUCUGCCGGAGUUUCUCACUGACUUUCCUCUGGUAGAGAAACACGCACACACUGCUACGAGAACAGCCAAACCUGUAGACUGGGAGAAAACCCUGGCCUCCCUGGAUGUUGACAGAACAGUAGGAGAACCGCAAUGGGCCAAGCCAGGCUCUGAAGCAGGGAUGGCCAUGUUGGAGUCCUUCAUUGAUGUUCGCCUGAAGCUGUUCGCCACCCAGCGCAAUGACCCCAACAUGGCUGCCCUCAGCCAGCUGUCCCCAUGGAUCCGCUUCGGCCAGCUUUCAGCCCAGCGUGUGGCGCUGCAGGUCCGGCGCUGCGGGAAAAACGCCGGCGAGUCUGUGGCCCCCUUCAUUGAGGAGCUGGUGGUACGCAGGGAGCUGACCGACAACUUCUGCUUCUACAACGAGAAGUACGACAAAGUGGAAGGUGCUUAUGAGUGGGCUCAGAAGACACUGAAAGAUCAUGCCAAAGACAAGAGGGAAUUCAUUUACACACGGGAGCAGCUGGAAAAAGCACAAACACAUGACAAGUUAUGGAACGGAGCUCAGUACCAGAUGGUAACAGAGGGGAAGAUGCAUGGCUUCUUGAGGAUGUACUGGGCCAAGAAAAUCUUGGAGUGGACUCGCUCACCAGAAGAGGCGCUCUCCAUCGCUCUGUACCUGAAUGACCGCUACGAGCUGGAUGGGCAGGACCCCAACGGCUUCGUCGGUUGCAUGUGGUCCAUCUGCGGCAUCCAUGACCAGGGCUGGGCUGAAAGACCAGUUUUCGGAAAAAUCCGCUACAUGAACUACAAAGGCUGCCUUCGGAAGUUCAAUGUAGCUCAGUUUGAGAAGAAGUACUGUCCCAAAAAGCCUUGAAGCAUGGCACGCUUGAAAGGAUAUAGAGAAAAUGUUUGAUGAGCAUCAUCUCCAACAUUUUGCCUCAGGGAGUAUUUCUAAUGUCUUUUUAGAAGUGGAUGUUUAUUCUCAUGUCUGACGAUAUUUAGCAUAUUAUGCUGGGCCUUUUUUUUUCUUUAGUUUCUUUUAAACUGCACCUACUAAUAAAACUAAACUAUGCUGGAGUAUCUGAAAGAUCUUUUUUCAUAUAUACACUUUCAUUUUAAAUGUUUGAAAAACCUGUUUCUACAAUGUUUUUGAUGCUGCCGUUGGAUUCACUGUUACAGCAAUCCUGUUGCUCUUUUUGUAACUGUAUUUUUUGGCCUGUAGGAUUCUGUUUGCCAUAAAUCGGUCAACUACAGACUCA